ACUUAAACGCUCGACCUCUGUAUUCUCGCAGACGCUGCUUCGCAUCUGGGAUUGUUUUCUCCUGGAGGGCCCCAAGGUGCUGUUCCGGUUCUCGCUGGCAAUCCUGAAGAUGCACGAGGAAGUGCUGCUCACCAAGACGGACACCGUGUCCAUCAUGCGCCAGCUCAAGGCAAUCGCGAGGCUCUGCUACGACGUGGACACCCUCAUCAAGGUGGCCUUCGAAGACUUGGAGCUGUUUCCGAGGCGGCAGGACAUCGCCGCUAAGCAGGCGUGUUACCAGAAGACGCUCAGGGAGCAGUCCAAGAAGCGAGAAAUGGAAAAGAUGAGCAUCCUUAACGGUGACAGAGGGGCCGAAUCCGGAGAUUCUCUGGGAGAAAACACUCUGAUCAUUGAGUGUGCAGCUGCCUGCGAUGCAACGACAGUUUGGGUGUGCCACGCUAGUGCCAACUUGACUCGACUGUCACGAGUGAACUGCGAGGACAACGUCAUGUACAGGUUGAACAUCAACAUUGAGGCUCGGGUCAUCUGCAUGCACUCUCUGGGCGAUGACACUAUGCUCCUGGGCACUCUCUCUCAUUUCGUUUAUUCUUACAGCACCAGAACGAGGGAGAUGAAAUGGGAGGUACAGCUCAAUGACUCAGUUUUGAGCCUGUGCUCGUACGAAGAGGACGAGCAGUGCCAAGUGUUCGCUGGCUUGGCUGACGGGACGAUGGCCGUCAUUGAGAAUUUCGCGGUGAGCAGGGAGAGGCCCGACACGCUGUACAUCCACAUCGGCAGCAGUCCCGUCACUUGCAUCCGCCUCGUGGACAAGCGCCUCUGGUGCGCGUCCGGCAACAGGAUCGCCAUUCUCAGUGCCAGGACUCUCGAUACGGUGGACCAGUUCCAAAUUUCAUCGAGCAGUCUGGACUACAUCUCGCUCAUCCAGCCCUGCUCCAUCGGCGACCCCGCCAACCAGGCCGUGUGGCUGUCGCUCCGAGGCUCUUCGGUCUUGCAGCUCUGGGACUCGCAAACCCUGACCUGCAAGAUGCUGUACGACGUCAGGGAGGACAGGUACCCGCGGUCGCCUAGGCAGGACGAAGAAGGUGAACUGAACCAGGCACGAAUCACGGCUGUCCUUCCCUUGCCUGGAAGCGUUCUGGUUGGGACUGCCGAAGGCUUCCUCGUCAUUUAUGACGUCGUCCCUCGUGCGACCACCAGUGACUUCAAGACAGACUCCAGCACCGAAGGAAUGCCUUCGACGGCACCUUUUGUGCAACCUGUCAAUAAUUACGACCUUGGUUCGAAUAACGAACUAGAAUCGAGGGCCUGCAAUGACAGCGGUUAUCUGACCCCGAUGGCCGCCAUGACGACCACGUCAGCCAUAGCGGAGAGCAGGAGUGAUGACAACGUGAACGAUACCAGCGGCAGUCAGUACUCCUUCAGCACCGUCAUGCGCAAGUCCACCGAACAGCUUUCGUCUUCCCCAAAGAGCUUGACCGACGACGACACGGUCCAGGACGUCCAGACUCCAGACGAAACUCGGGUGAAUGGCCACGGAGACUCCAGCGUCGUCGAUGUGUUCGCGUCGUCGCCAGAGAACGGCCUGGGGGAAUCCCCGGACGCCAAGUCGGAAAAAGCGAGCAUCUGUCCCGUCACGGAGUUGUGCAGUCGGGAAGCGCGCAAGUGGAGCCUCAAAACAACGGACAGCUGUUCGGCCAUCGAUGAACUUCCGGGGCUCGUGAAGCGACCCUCCUGGGGCAACCUGCACUAUCAACUCCUGAAGCGCCGCAACUCCAGCGCCGACUGCCUCCCGACCUGGCUCAGUCGGGACACGCUGAGUUCCUCGGUGACGAGCGACAGCUACGACUUUGACGACUUCUUCGUGCAGUACAACGACGACUGCUUCCCCACGUUUCGAGGCACGCAGGCCGCGGGGGGGCACGCGUCGACGCCAGCGGCGAAGGUGAAGGUGCCCAGCGUUUAUCUGAGUGUCGAGGAGAAGACCGGGGCCUUGGAACAUUUUACCGAAAACGACGACGGCGGGGACUCGACGACGACGCACGGCGCGGCGACCAACGAUUGGCCCGAGGUGCCGUCGUACGACGUAAGUCAUCUGAGCAGUGACCUCGGCAGCAACGUGUCCUUCAGCAGCAUCGACCCUCCCUACGGGUAUGAACUGGUGCUGCAGGAGAAGCUCAAGAUUUCCGACAAGGCCAUUCGAAGUCUUCUGGAACUCAGGUGUAAGGAUGAGUCCCUGGUGAUCAGUGGUGCUGGCUGUUACGGGGAUGACGAAUCGGUGCUCAAGUGGACCAAGGAUGGAGGAGAGAGACUGUGGACGAACGAUCCGGUGGUCGAAGUGUGUCCAUACACCAAUACCAUCAAGCCGUCUCCGUACACCCGUUCUCGCCUCCCACGCAAGGUGUCCGCUGGACAGUCCAGUGCGCAGCCGCAGCAGGCAUUCGACCCCGCAGUGUCGAACGGAUCGGCAAACAGCAAGUCCCACCUGGAGCCCCCGAAGCGUGCGAGUUCCAUGGGUGCUCGCCUCGCUCGAAUGCACAGCAUAUUCGUCAAGAGCGUCGAGAAGGACUGAGACCCCGGGCCGGGCUCUUGGAGACGGCGAGCACCGGGGCUCAGCAUUGACUAACCUCUAAGCGAGGCAGAUGUGGAAAGUCUUAAGCUUUGUCUCGUGUUAAGGCCCGUUCACACUAGGAGGUGACCGUGGAACGGCUUUCACUAGAGCGAAGGUUUUGCGGUAUUUGAGAGAUCAAAUGUACGUACUAUAGCUGUGGGAAAUGGUUGUCUAUAACCUUGUCAGAAGCUAUUUCAAAAGAGAAAGGAUGACGAAAAAAAAGAUAAUAUACGGAAUUGCCAAGUGUUCCAGGGCUGCCCGAUAGCUGACGGCAGUGUGUUCUCGUCGUUAGGAGGUUUUGAGGCACAAGGCCAUACGCAGUCCCAAGAGUGUGAACCAGCCGUUAGAAGACGCCGCGAAGUAACAGUUCGACAAUGAAGGUGGAUGCCACUCAGACCUCCGACUGGGGUGCGCUGAGCGAAGUGUCCAUUCUGCAUGAGACUGCCGGUGCUGGGCGGACUUCAAUCUGUGAUAACGUGUGGGUGACCCUUUUUUUUUAAAUAUUUGUUGCGUUAUUGUUUAUUAUUGUUAUCGCUGCAGAAAUGUGGCAUUUUGUUGUUUAAUGACACCUAAGAUUGUUGAACGAGUAAUUUGGGCUCAUCAGCUCUGGUUUGUGAUUGGUCUCUUUUACUUAGUAGUGUUACUUGCAGACUCAAGUAAACACAAAAGUAUUUUGGUUACGGUCGUUCACCUCUUACGUUGAAUGUGAUUGCACGAGCAAAUGCUUCCUGAACUAUAGUGUAACAAAAGAACAGAGCCAGGUCGAGUUGUAUUGCUUAAAUGUGAUGAAUCUGCGAUCGUGCGAAAGUAAUCCUAAUUGGGUGUAUGCACUGGGGAUUUUGUUUCGCUUACCAUGUGCUAUGGAUGUGUAAAUAGUCCGAAUGGACGAAAGCUUUCGAGGGGGUCCAAGUCUUUGGUGGCACUGUUAUUACUCCACUAAAGUUGCAAGUCAUUGCGUCUAGUCAGUGCACGACUCAGGAGACGGACGAACGUCUGAAACGCACCCCUUGUAUUUGUGCGGCCUACUGUACCUGAAGAAAUGAAUCUUUAUAGAUGAGGCAUUUUAGUUUCUGCUUUGUUUCGGAAACACUACUUUGCUGUGAAUGUCCUCUGCAUGACUGGAGACGCCAAGUUUUGGUUAAUAUUUUUGGUUAAUAUUUUUCUGUAUUAUCUAUUAAACUCUACCGCUUAAUUGUUUUCGUUUAAACUUCGGUUAAAUCUACGUUGGUCGCCUUAAUUAAGCAGCAGGCUAGGUAGAGUUGGGUAAGCUGGAUGCCAUCUAUUUUUCUCGUUAAAUGUUUCGUAAAUCUGGAUUUGUUUGCAAUUAUUAGUGCAUGCCGUAAGCGAAGCUUUACGGCGAUCAGUAUAAAAUAAAGAGAUUAGCAAUAUUGGCAGCGCGUGUUUCCACCACUCUAUGGUGUCUCAGGUUAACAGCGCGGUAUCACCUUGUCCUUGUUUAAAACAUAUUCUGCUCUUUAUCUAGCAACUUAAACGGUGUAUAAAAUGUCCAAUUGUACCAACUUGUAAAUAAACGAGUCGAUAGAUUUUUU